GCCGCGGGGCGCCGGGGGCCGCGUCUGCCGACGGAGCGCUCCCACGUGCGGAGCGGAGCGCGGGGUCGGUCCCCCUCGGAAGGGGAAGAGGAGGGGCGCGAGGCGCUGGCGCGGCGCUUCUCCGAGAAAAUAGUGGCGAAGCGAGUUUCUCGGCGCUCCGAGCUCCGCGCCGCUCCGCGGGGCUGUUGGCGGCGCUCCGUGCCGCGUCUGCCCGGGCCGUGUACGCGGCGCGGAUCGGCGCGGUGCCGGCGGGCGGCGGGGACCGCAAGUAACGAAAAGGGAACCCCGAGGCGGACGGGGCGGCCGUGCCGCGCGGGUCGGUGCGGGGAGCGGACUGCGCCGGCUUAGGAAGUGCCUUUUUUCCAGAGUUUGCGAAGACUUCGCGUUUGUUUCGAGCAAAAGUUGCGCUGUUCUGCAAGUUCCAACGUAGGUCGAGAAUCGGCCCUCCGCGGGCGCGUUUUCACAGCGUCGCUCAUCCUUCUCAGGACAGAAUUCCCCCUUUCCACGAGAGGCCCUCGCUGUCAGACCGCUGCCCCGUGCGGCUCAUCACGCGGCCGUUCGCUGCUCUUCGCCUCAUGACCGUUUGUCAUUCUCUCGCUUUUGUUUCCUCCCUGUUUUUUUUACACAGUUUGAUGCUUACGGACCGUGCUUUGGCCGCGCUGCCGUCCCGCCGCGGUACAGCCCCGCUGCGUGCCGGGCGGUGUGCGGAUUGGGCAGGGAGCGGGUGGCUGCUGCAGCCCCGGAGCUGUGCGUUCUGCUGGACCCCGUGCGGUGGGACUGGGAAGGCCGUUCCCUCUGCGUUGUGACCAGAAAAACAGCGCCUGGCGUUGGGAUGAGAUGUUUGAUAUGUGUACGUAAUAGGCACGGGAUUUGUCCUGACCUCAGCUGAGCUGAAGCACUGCAUCUGGGGCUCUGGAGGCGCUGUAUUUUAACUUUAGUGAUUUAUUUGACCUUUUGUAGAUGGAGUGGGAGGUGAGUUGAGCACCUGCUGGUUUGUCUGCCCUUUUGUUUGUUAACCCCAACGCUGUGCAGAAGCCUUUUGGGGAGCAGUGCCUCAUUCCGUGUUGUGCAGGGUCUGCCUCUGGGAAUGCACUGAUUGCGCUGAACAGAGCCAAUGGCGUUGUGCUGAAUGAAGCUUUGCUCUGGAGCAGAGAGCAUAUUCGUCACCCCUAUAGCUCCUUAAGCUUCCUAUUUAUUUGAAUUUCUGGUUACUAUAACAGCUGUUGACGUUUGGGAGUUGCUGUGCUCUGUGGAGCUGCAGGGUGCUCAGAUACUUGCAUGUGAAACAGUUGUUAUUAAAAUAAACACCCACAGAAAGACUUUCAGGAUUGGGGCCAAACUGGAAUAAAGGGGAAGCAGCGCUUGCAAACACAGCCCUGGAUUGCGAGAGCUAUGCUUGGAAAACCUAAAUGCAAGUGUAUCAUUUGGAUGGGAUUCAGUGAGCGUUUGCAAUCAAUGGCUUUUGGCAGAGCUGGCUGAUUCGGAGACUGAGAGUGGAGAGCUGUGUGCGAGCACGGCUGUGGCGUGCCCCUGCAAGCAGGAGGUUAUUGCAGUGCUCUGCAGCUGCUGCCGGCCACUGUUCCUGCAGGAGGCUCAUGUAGGUAGCGCAGUGCGGAGCUGCCCAGGUGUGCACUGAGAGCACCACAGCACGGCACUGCCCAGCGCACGGUGACUUUGAGUGUGUCUCAGGGUCUGUGGGUUGGGGGCUGUGAGUUGGCAGCCCUGCAGAGGGCCUCUAUGUCCCUGGCAGUGCGAGGAGCGGCAGGUGUUGCUGUCAGUGGGCAUACAGAUGGUGCAUGUUUGUACUGGUGUAGGAGCUAUUCCUCAGCUCCAUGGAGAAGGGAGCUUUGGGGAAAUCAGGGUAGAAGCACCCUGCCUGUAGAACACCAUUACAGGUUAGCUUUGCUGUAGUGCAGUUGUAUCGAGUUUGAAGUUGUGUAUAGAGUUUGAUUUGUUGUUAAAUGAAAAUUUUGUUGUAAAAUGAUGUAUUCUUUCUCUCUUCUUUUUGUCCUCAUGAACCAAGGGUUGUUCAUGCCCUGGGCAAAGUGUAUGGCAGUAAGGACAGUCCUUGCUGGAGGCUUCUGAGCCAGAUAGAUCCCCACCUUUGUUUCCUACUUAAAUCCUGCUCUGAGCACAGGGUACAGCAGUAAGGACAGUCCUUGCUGGAGGCUUCUGAGCCAGACAGAUCCCCACCUUUGUUUUCUACCUAAAUCUACAUUGUAAAUACAGUGUAGGAACAACAGAUAACAAACCCACUGCACACACAAAAUUACCAGAGCAAAAAGAUCCUUUUCUGCCUAAGCUGCCUAAGUCGGCAUGACCUUUAUACAGAGCUCUCACUGCCAUUUACCUAAAUUACACGGUGUUAAAAUACAGCCCAACAAACCUGACUUUUCAUUAAUUACACACAUGUUCUGCUUUGGCAGGCUGACGUGUAAUUUGAUGAUAGCAUCACCUUGUCUUUUGUCCUUUCGAAUGAGGUCUAAGGCAAAUGUGAUACGAUGCUGCAUGUCUUCAUCUGUCCUGCUAAAAGCAAUGUGAUAUUCUGAGCGUUUGUCUCUCCUUCUCUCUCUCCCUUUCUAACAGCAGACCUAAUAGAAAACGUAUACGUAGCCCCGCGGAGCAGGAAGGAGCCCAAGUCUCCGAAGGGAAGCGAGCUCCCCGAGCACCGGCCACAGAUGAACAGCAUCACUGUUUCUAAGAAGCGCAACUGGCUGCACCAGAGCACCCACCGAGCCCCCCGCCUGGAGGGAGAAAGCACGUGUAAGAAGACACCAGGGGCUGUCACCCAGGCCCCACGGUCCCCCAGCCUGCUGCCCUCACCAAGGGUGCGGGGGGCUCCUGCCAGGUCCCCAGGAGGGCCAGAGGGCCCCAUCCUGCGCUGUGGUGCUGCGAGCGCCCUUCCGAACGCCACAGGCUCUGCUGCGCUGCGGCGCCGUGCCUUUGACUUUGGUGAAGACAACGAUGCAGAUGAUGAAGGAGAAAUAUGGUAUAACCCCAUCCCUGAAGAUGAUGAGCCAGAUGUCCUGAGAGUCCUCCAUCCUGCUGCCCAUAACUCUGUCACUGUGGACUGCCCUGCAGGCUGCUGCAGAAGCCUGCCUGUCCGGGACCUGGGGCGGGCAUUAGGGCCCCUCGAUGUUCCCCCGUGCUCCCCAGAGAGAGCGGGAGACACUCAGCCUGGUGAGCUGGGUCCUGCUGAUACCAUGCAGCCUGGAGAGCACCUGCUGCAGCAGCGGCAGAGGUUUGCCUGCAAGCCCCAGAGCGUGCUGGCAGCAGAGGACAAUCCUGCAUUUAAGUGCCCCUCAGCAGGGCCUGGAGUUCUACUCGCACACAAGAUUGAUAUACCAAUAACAGAAGUUUCUCCUCCAAGUCCUAGUCCCUUGAAAAAAAGUGGAUCAAUCAAUUGGCCUUUCCCCGACCGAAUUAAAUCUCCCAGAACUGUGAGGAAGCUUUCCAUGAAAAUGAAAAAACUGCCAGAACUCAGCAGGAAGCUGAGUGUCAAGGGAACUUCAAGCCAUAAUAGCUCAGAUAAUCCUUCUUCCCUGCUGAAAGGGAGCUCUCGGGAUACAAGCCAUACAGCGUCUUUGCCAUCUUCUGGAAACUCAACUGCAGCUGCCAGCAGGAAUGUCAUAAGUCGUUACCAUCUCGACAGCAGUGUGUCAUCACAGCACACCUACAAAAAGAAAAGCUCAAGGAGUUCCAAAUCCUCCAGCAAAGGUGGUUACCUCAGUGAUGGUGACUCUCCUGAACUUUUGACCAAAUCAGGCAAACAUGGACAUGAAACCAAGUGUGGGAAAGGAAAAGAGAGCUUUCCAAGUAACAGUGGUAAAACUGAGAUAGAUAUCGAUGCUUUCAGGCACUACAACUUUUCUGAUCAACCCAAGUGUUCCCAGUACAUCUCUGGACUUAUGAGCAUUCACUUUUAUGGUGCUGAGGACUUGAAACCACCAAAAAUAGACUCAAAAGAUGUCUUUUGUGCAAUACAGGUUGACUCAGUAAACAAAGCGAGAACAGCCCUGCUUACAUGUAGGACAACUUUUCUAGAUAUGGACCACACGUUUAACAUAGAAAUUGAAAAUGCUCAGCACUUAAAGCUGGUGGUGUUCAGCUGGGAGCCCACCCCACGGAAAAACCGUGUUUGUUGUCAUGGCACUGUGGCUCUUCCUACUCUCUUUCGAGUGACAAAAACACAUCAGCUGGCUGUCAGACUGGAACCAAGGGGGCUUAUUUAUGUCAAACUGUCACUUAUGGAGCAGUGGGAGAACUCUCUUGAUGGUCUGGAUGCAGAUCGGGAACCAGUGAUGUUUGGUGUAGAUGCUCGAAAAGUGGUAGAGAAGGAAAAUACAGGCCUGAUGGUGCCGCUUUUAAUUCAGAAAUGCGUAAUGGAAAUUGAAAAAAGGGGCUGCCAGGUUGUAGGCCUGUAUCGGCUGUGUGGCUCUGCGGCGGUUAAGAAGGAGCUUCGAGAGGCGUUUGAGAGGGACAGCAAGGCGGUGACUCUCUGUGAAAGCCGGUACCCAGAUAUUAAUGUGAUAACAGGCGUCCUAAAGGAUUACCUGCGAGAGCUGCCCUCUCCACUGAUAACCAAACAGCUCUAUGAAGCAGUGGUGGAUGCCAUGGUGAAAAAUCCCUUGAAGAUGGCAGCUGCUGGUUGUGAAAAUGACCCAAGUGACUCUGAGCACACAGCAGCCCUUCUGGAUUGCCUCCCAGAUGUUGAGAAGGCUACCCUGAAGAUGCUGUUGGAUCACCUGAAACUGGUGGCUUCUUACCACGAAGUAAAUAAGAUGACGUGCCAGAACUUAGCUGUGUGCUUUGGGCCCGUGUUACUGAGCCAGAGGCAGGAGACCACCAACCACAACAACAGAGUCUUCACAGACUCAGAGGAGCUCGCUAGUGCCCUGGACUUCAAAAAACACAUAGAAGUUCUUCACUACUUACUCCAGUUGUGGCCAGUGCACCACUCACCUGCCCAGGAACCAGCACAUCCCAGCACGCCUCCCGAGCACCCGUUGUCCCUGCGUUACCUGAGGCCGCGGCGGAAGAGACCGCAGAUGCUGAACCUGAGCAGCGCUGAUGCAUGCGGGAUGCUGCGGCCAAGGCCGGCUGGCCUGGACAGCCCUUCCAGCAACCGCUACGCGGGCGACUGGAGCAGCUGUGGGGAAGGCUACUUCUGCAGCCCCAGGGACUGCCUGGGAGAGGCAGACUAUGACGAUGUCCCUUCGGAGGAUUCGGAGAGUGGGGACGACAGCAGCAGAGUCGAUGAUGCUGAUGGCCUGAUGAAGCACCCACAGCCCCUCCCCGGGGAACACGCAUUCCAGAGCUAUCUGACAAUGCAGGCAAUAGACUCAGCGGGGAGCCACAGGGCAAACCUCAAGGACCUACAGGAAAGUAUCGAUACCCUGAUAGGAAACCUGGAAAGGGAACUCAACAAAAACAAGCUGAACAUGAGCUGCUGAGCCCAGUCCUGCGUGGUGCCUCCUGCUGCAUGCUGCAGCAAGGCUGUGGCCUGCCAUGAGAACAAGCCCACUUAAAGGCAUUCCAUCAUGUUUGUGCAUUCCUUGUAGAAGAGCGUGUUAACCUGAUUCUGGUGUUUAAGGAAGAAGCUGAGAGACACAGUGACUCCACGUAGUGACAUUUCCCCCUAAAAAUGCUGUGCUCUUUGGUGGGUGGCAUCUGACAGCAGGGCAGACACCAUACGCUGUUCGUAACAGCAUGGCUCUUCCUCCUAAAACUCAGCUCUGGUACAGAAGUUCCUCUCGGAAGGGGACUAACGCUGCUUGGCCUGAGCUUUGCAGCAUCAAGUUCAAACAAACUCAUUUUACUAUAUAUGCAAUGGCUGCUAUGAA